UUCUCUGGGAAAUCAUUUCCGGCGACGAAUGAUGUUCCAUUCGUAUCCUACUUUUCGAUCUUUUCUCAAUUUGGAAUCAAGAGAUUGGAAAGUGCAAUUGCUGUUUUACUGAUAUUCAUUCAAAUUUCAUCGCCAUUACCAUUUAAUAAUCUGGAAUCGGAUGAGUCGUUCAUAUCUCCUGCAAACGCAGUACUCUAUUCACCUGAUACUAAGGUUCCAAGAACUGGAGAACUUGCUUUGAGGAAAGCUAUUCCAGCAAAUCCAAGCAUGAAAGCUAUACAGGAUUCUUUAGAGGAAAUAUCAUACUUGCUGAGGAUACCACAAAGAAAACCAUAUGGCACAAUGGAGGGUAAUGUGAAGAAAGCUAUAAAGAUAGCAAAGGAUGAGAAAGAAUCUAUCUUCAACAGCAUGCCAACAGAUUUGAAGGAAAAGGGUUCAGCGCUAUACACAUCACUACUAGAAGGGAAGGGAGGAUUGCAGAGCCUUCUUAAUAGCAUAAAGGAAAAGGACCCUGAUAGGGUAUCUGUAGGUCUUGCAUCUUCCCUUGAUACAAUUGCAGAACUGGAGCUUUUACAGGCUCCUGGACUUUCAUUUCUGUUGCCGGGACAGUACUCGAAAUACCCGAGGCUUGCAGGGAGAGGAACCGUUGAAUUUACCGUAGAGAAAGGAGAUGGCUCCACAUUUUCUCAAGUAGCUGGUGCUGAGCCUAAAAACAAGCCACAAUUCAGAUCUUUGCAGGUUGUUAUUGAUGGAUAUUCAGCUCCAUUGACUGCAGGGAAUUUUGCAAAACUGGUGCUUGGUGGAGCAUAUGAUGGAGUAAAGCUAAAUACUGUCAACCAAGCAAUUCUUUCAGCCAAUGAAGAGAAGAGCAAUGGAUACAGUAUUCCAUUAGAACUGAUGCCAUCUGGACAAUUCGAGCCUUUGUACAAAUCAAAACUAAGCAUUCAGGAUGGACAACUACCAGUGCUUCCAUUAUCUGUUUAUGGAGCAAUUGCAAUGGCACAUAGUGAUAUCUCUGAGGAAGAUUCAUCCCCAUUCCAGUUUUUCUUUUAUCUCUAUGACAAGAGAAAUGCUGGCCUAGGAGGGUUGUCUUUUGAUGAAGGUCAAUUUUCUGUUUUGGGGUACACAACCGUCGGAAGAGAUGUACUUCCGCAGAUAAAAACAGGUGAUAUAAUACGGUCGGCUAAGUUAGUGGAAGGCCAGGAUCGCCUCAUAUUACCGACUGAGUACUAAUUUCCUUCAGAGACAAUCUGGGUAUCUAGUCCAUUCUUUCAUUUAUAUAAAAGUCUCAAUGGCGUAAACUUGAUUUUACUCAUGUUUUUGCACUUU